UUGUUGCUCAAUUUGCGGUUUCAAUUUUCAAACCAUACAAUGUGGACCCCACAUUCAUCUCUUCCGCCUCUAUAUAAACCCCACUUCUCCCCUCUCUCUUUCCCAGCACCUCCGCACUUUCUCUCUCUAGCUCUCUCUCUCUCUACAUAUACAUACACAUACACAAAUACACACAGAACGUACGUAACACACGCCACCAUGCCUGAAGCACCGAAGCAAACUCAGAACAACCACAGUAGUAAUAAUAAUCACUACAGUGACGUGGCACUGGCCGACAACAAAAAGACGAAGCUCGAUUUCAUCGAGGAAGUCACCAGAAACGCCGGCGAAGUACAGAAGCGCGUCCUCGCCGAAAUCCUGUCAAGAAACGCCGGCGCAGAGUACCUGAAGCGGCAUAACCUCCGCGGCGGCCAAACCGACGGAGAUACCUUCAAGAAAACAAUCCCCGUCGUCGCCUACGAGGACGUUCUGCCGUACAUCAACCGCAUCGCCGCCGGCGACUCCUCCCCCAUCCUCUGCUCCGACCCCAUCUCCGAGUUCCUCACAAGUUCCGGAACAUCCGGAGGAGAGAGAAAAAUGAUGCCAACAAUCGAAGAAGAACUAAGCAGAAGAUCUUUACUCUACAGCCUACUAAUGCCGGUUAUGAGUCAAUUCGUACACGGUUUGGACAAAGGCAAAGGAAUGUACUUCCUUUUCGUAAAAUCCGAGACCAAAACCCCGGGCGGGUUGUUGGCCCGGCCCGUUUUAACGAGCUACUACAAAAGCUCCCACUUCAAGGAAAGACCCUACGACCCGUACACCAACUACACCAGCCCGAACGAAACCAUCCUCUGCCCCGACUCGUACCAAAGCAUGUACUCGCAAAUGCUCUGCGGCCUUUGCGAGCACGCCCAGGUCCUCCGGGUCGGGGCGGUUUUCGCGUCCGGGUUUAUCCGGGCCAUCCGGUUCCUGGAGAAACACUGGACGCUACUCUGCCAGGAUAUACGGACAGGGUCGGUGAAUCAGCUGAUCACCGACCCGUCCGUAAGGGAUGCGGUUGCCCGCAUCCUGAAAAAACCCGACCCGGAGUUGGCGGAUUUUGUUGCAACCGAAUGCGGGAAAGGGUCUUGGCAAGGGAUUAUUACUCGGUUGUGGCCGAAUACUAAGUAUGUGGAUGUUAUUGUGACCGGGACGAUGUCGCAGUAUAUUCCGAUUCUUGAUUAUUAUAGCAAUGGUUUGCCGCUUGUUUGUACAAUGUACGCUUCGUCGGAGUGUUAUUUUGGUGUGAACCUUAAUCCGCUUUGCAAGCCUAGUGAAGUUUCGUACACUAUUAUUCCGAACAUGGCGUAUUUCGAGUUCUUGCCGGUUCAAAAAGCUGACGAGAAAGAAGAAGAAAAGGAAUUGGUUGACUUGGUUGAUGUCAAAAUCGGACAUGAAUACGAGCUUGUCGUCACCACUUAUGCCGGGCUAUACAGAUACAGAGUCGGGGAUAUUCUCCGCGUCGCCGGAUUCAAGAACAAAGCGCCGCAGUUCAACUUCGUCUGCCGCAAAAACGUCGUUCUGAGCAUCGACACGGACAAAACCGACGAGGUGGAGCUCCAAAACGCCGUUAAAAACGCAACGAACCAUUUAGUACCGUUCGGUGCCUGUCUAGCUGAGUACACUAGCUAUGCCGAUACAAUUACUACAAUUCCGGGCCAUUACGUUUUAUAUUGGGAGCUAAUUCUCGGCUCCAAUAAAAAUAAUAAUAAUAAUAUCAAGAUUGUUCCUCCGUCCGUUAUCGAAGAUUGUUGCCUCACCGUUGAGGAAUCGUUGGACACCGUUUACAGACAGAACAGAGUUUUCGAGGCGAUUGGCCCUUUGGAGAUCAAGAUUGUGGAGACCGGAACAUUCGAUAAGCUCAUGGAUUACGCUAUUAGUUUAGGGGCUUCGAUUAAUCAGUACAAGACGCCUAGGUGCGUUACAUUUGCACCGAUUGUCGAGCUCUUGAAUUCGAAGGUUGUUUCGAGUUUUUUCAGCCCAAAAUGCCCGAAAUGGACCACUCCGGGCCUUAAGCAAUGGAGCAAUAUUAAUUGAUCACUAGUAUACUUAAUUUUUCGUCCUACUUAGGUUUAACAAAAAAUUAUUUAUGUAUCUCUUUUGUCUUAU